CUCGAACUUGAUUCCACCUUGAGCGUGUACCUGCGUGAAUCCGCGAUGAGGAACUUCUGGGCAUUACCAGCAGUGUUGCGCCUUGUGCUCGCUCACCAACACGCCUUUAGCGUUUUCGACGAUCUACUUGCAUUUCCACAGUACGAAGUCGCAUGGCCAGACACGUUCAUAUUAGAAGACGACGCGACCGCACUUCUCAACCAGCAGGUCCCCACGCCGCCCGCCAGCGCCCUCGCAGGCACGCCAAGUUCACAGCAAACACAGGAGCUCUCCAAGCACGAGCACCCCUUCGCAGAUGCGCCUGCUGCCGACGAUGCACUACCGGUCACAUACGAGGCUGUGGUCCUGCAGGGUCAGCGAUAUAUAUGCAGUAUUCCCACGAUACCGGACGAUGUGCCGCAGAAUAACACGACAAGCGCUGAGGAGGCAAAGGCCGAGGAGGAAAAGGAGCUUGUGCGCGCAACAGACCGCGGGUGGGAGCUACUGCAGGGCAUGCGCGGCAGCUGCAUCUACUAUCUGAGUGGAUGGUGGAGCUACAGCUUCUGCUAUAACAAUGAAGUCAAGCAGUUCCACCAGCUGCCUCCAAGCCGCGGCGUUCCCAUCUACCCGCCCGUCGAGGACACGACCGUCCACAGCUUCGUGCUCGGCCGUUUCUCCAACAAAGAUGAGAAGAAGAAAAAGGACGCGACACGCAAGACGCUGGGCAAUGAGGCAGGCAGCAAGGAGACCAUUGACGACGAGGGCAAUGCGCCCGAUGAGGAGGAGAAGGCGCUGGAGAUCCCGCGUCUGGAAUCGAAGGGUUCGAGCAGAUACAUGGUGCAGCGCCUGACAGAUGGGACAGAGUGCGAUCUGACAGGCAAGCCGCGCAAGAUUGAUGUGCAGUUCCACUGCAACCCACAGACCGCCGACAGAAUUGCCAUGAUCAAGGAGACCAGCACUUGCUCCUACCUCAUGGUCAUUGACACACCUCGUCUCUGCCACGACGUCGCGUUUCUGCCUCCACAAAAGAAUCUCGCGCACCCUAUCACCUGCCAGUCUGUCAUCCCUGCAGCAGACGCCGAGGAGUGGGAGGCCGCUGCUCUAGAAGCUAAGGUUCGCGAAACAGAGCGUCUUCUCGCUUUCGCCGAGUCUGGAGACAACGCGAACACAAACCCGCUUCGCGACAUCGCCGACAGCCUUGAGGGCUCAACAAAGCGCGGCCCUAUCAUCGGCGAUAUUGAAGUAGGCGCACAGGCCCUCGUGGGCAGCGAAGGCAAAGUCAUCGAAAAGAGUGUCGUAGUUGGCGGCGGCAAGGAGACUUUCGUUGGCACUGUGGCAGCCAGCGACGGCACGCAGAUGUCCAAGGAAGAGAUGAAGAGGUUGAACAUUCCAGAUCCUAAAGAUGUUGAGAAGCUGAAGAGCAAUCUGCGCAAGCUGGCUGGCAAGAAGGGCUGGAAGCUCGAUCUUGUCGACACACCCAGAGGCAGAGAAUUCAGAGGUAUCAUUGAGGCCGAGGACCAGGAUGAAGAGACACCCAAGGGCAAUGAAGCCGAAAAAGUGGACAAAGGGGGGGAAGCAGCAAAGAAAGAGAAGGCAGAGAAAAGUGUUGGAAAGGGCAUGGGUGCUGGCAAGCAAGAGCAGGCUGUCGUGGAUCCAGUGCCGGAUGAAGAGGAGGAGUUCCAAGAGGGAAGUAAAGAAGUCUACAAAGAUGAGUUGUAGACACGGUAUUAAGACUUUCAGUUUCAUUGAAUGGUAUAACAGCCUACUGAGCAUUUCUCCGCGUGCUAAUACCCCCUGUCGCGGUCGACUUCAUUGACCAGCUUGCCUCCUCCUCGGUCCCGUCUGAUGUUCUCAGCAAGUACCUGGAACGCUCGCUCCGCAUACGCGUCACUAGAGCCACUGAUAUGCGGUGUGAUCAAGACAUUAGGCGCAGUCCACAAAGGAUCGUCCUUGGGAAGUGGUUCUGGGUCAGUCACAUCCA